GCGGUUCGGGGUCGCAGUGGGCAGUGAGCUGCGGAGGCACACGUGUCGCUGGCUGACCAGAUCCCGCAGGUGGUGGAACCGGGAGAAAUGGCUUCCCUUGGAUGCCGCCCGCACGCGCGCUGGGCUUUUCUGCGCCCGGGAGCGCGCCUGUGCGGGGCCCAGCCGGCCGGUGUCCCUGCUGCGGGGCCAGGCCUUCCUGCCAGGAGCAAAUGCGGUCUGCGGGAACCAACUGUGUUCCGAGCGCCGCCGAUUGCCUCGUCGAUUUCACUGACCGCAUUAGUUUGGGAGACUGCUCCCUGAUAGGGAAUUGUCCUUGUCACACUUGGGGUGGAGGCAUGAACUAGUAAUGCUCUUCCCUGGGUGAGAUGUACAGUGGAGCAUUUAAAACAAUUCUCUAGUGAUUAGCACGGGUGUCAGGAUCUUGGGGGAAAAAAUUCAGAUGAGAAAUAUUUUGCCCAACUUGCUCUGUCUCUUUUGAAUGUUCUAGAAGACUUUCAAAGUGUGCCUUUCAAACUUAUGCUCCUAGACCUUUGUCUAGGAAAGACAGGGUGAAACAUUUAAGCCUUUGGCCUGUGUAUGCAGAUCUAAAGUCUCUCCCAAUGCCCUGGGGUAGAGGGAAACUGCACUUGGGUGGUGGGCCCAAAAUGUAGGUAUACUGGGGAGGUGUAAAGCUAUGCCUCUGGGACAACAGACUCCUGAAAUAGUUCCUCAAUACAAAAAUUGGAAAAAACCCAGAAUUAUGCUAUAAAUCUUAGAUGCUACAGGAGUUGAGUUUUAAGAAAUCUUUUUUUUUUUUUGUAGGUUAACAUACAAACUUUUACUAAUAACACUCGGCUUUAAAACUUCCUAUUUUCUUUACACUGUGUUAAUAAUUAUAAUAAAAUGUGACAUUACUUUAAUGUAGUGUCACUGACAGUUAACAGUGUUUUUACCUUACUACUUUUCAGCAUCAAAACUAGGAAAACCAUCGAGGAAUGGCUGUGGAGGAACUUCAGUCUAUAAUAAAAAGAUGUCAAGUCCUAAAAGAGCAAGACUUUAAAGAAGAAGACUUUAGUCUAUUUCAGUUAGCAGGCCAAAAAUGCAUAGAUGAUGGGCACAUAGACCAACUAUUAGAAAUUAUUCAAGAUGAAAAGAACAAGGUCAUCAUCAAGAAUAUGGGAUGGAAUCUUGUUGGUCCUGUUGUUCAGCAUCUUUUGUGCAAUAAGGAAGACAAUAGAAGAAAAGACUAUUUUCUGAUGCUUGAUUUAUUGGUAAAGUUAUGCAAUCCAAAGGAACUAUUGUUGGGCUUGCUUGAACUGAUUGAAGAGCCCUCUGGAAAACAGAUAUUUGAAAUUAUUCUUCUCUUACUUCAGCCACUACAAACAGUGAUUCAGAAACUUCAUAAUAAUAAAGCAUAUUCAGUUGGAUUAACACUGUCUACACUUUGGAGUCAGUUAUCUCUGCUUCCUGUUCCGUACUCUAAAGAACAAAUACAAACAGAUGACUAUGGCCUUUGUCAGUGUUGCACAGCUUUAAUAGAAUUUACCAAGCCUUUUGUGGAAGAAGUUGUCAGUGAUAAAGAAAACUCAGCGGAAAAUGAAAAGUUAAAGGAUGAACUACUGAAAUUUUGUUUCAAAAGCUUGAAAUACCCUUUACUGACAGCCCAAUUCUCUGAGCAGUCUGAAGAAACUGAAAAUGAUCCUUUAAAGAGUUUUGCAUCUGAGAUAAUAGGUUUCUUAUCAGCAAUUGGACACCCUUUCCCCAAAAUGAUUUUUAAUCAUGGAAGGAAAAAAAAGAUUUGGAAUUAUCUUGAAUUUGAGGAAGAAGAAGACAAACAGUUAUCAGACUCUAUGGCAUCUCUGGCAUAUCUAGUAUUUGUACAGGGCAUCAGUAUCAAUCAGCUUCCAAUGGUAUUAAGCCCACUGUUCCUUUUACAGUUUAAUAUGACACAUAUUGAAGUAUUUUUGCAAAGAACAGAAGAGUCUGUUUCCUCCAAAGGAUUGGAUCUAUUGGAGAAUGGUUUAUUGAGACUAGAAGAUAACAGUCUACUGCAUCAGUACUUGGAAAUCAAGAGUUUUCUUACUGUACCUCAGGGCUUAGUCAGAGUAAUGACUCUCUGUCCCAUUGAGACACUGAGGAAAAAGGGAUUAGCUAUGCUUCAGCUGUUUAUUAACAAGUUGGAUUCACAAGGCAAAUAUACAUUAUUUCGGUGCUUAUUGAAUACAAGUAAUCACUCAGGUGUGGAGGCCUUUAUUAUCCAAAAUAUCAAAAAUCAAGUUGACAUGUCUUUAAAGAGGACAGACAACAACAAAUGGUUUACAGGACCGCAGCUGAUUUCCCUUCUGGAUUUGGUCCUCUUUCUCCCAGAGGGUGCUGAAACAGAUCUGCUGCAAAACUCAGAUAGGAUAAUGGCAUCAUUGAACUUAUUGAGGUAUCUGGUUAUCAAAGAUAAUGAAAAUGAUAAUCAGACUGGAUUAUGGACAGAACUUGGAAAGAUUGAAAAUAAUUUCUUAAAGCCACUUCAUACAGGACUUAAUAUGUCAAAAGCACAUUAUGAAGCAGAAAUUAAAAAUAGUCAAGAAAAUAACCAAGAAAUCCCAAAGUCAAAAGAUCUUUGUUCUGUAACAGUAGGAGGAGAGGAAAUACCUAAUAUGCCUCCUGAAAUGCAACUGAAGGUCCUACAUUCAGCUCUUUUCACAUUUGAUUUGAUAGAAAGUGUCCUGGCUCGAGUAGAAGAACUCAUUGAAAUAAAAACAAAGUCUACCUCUGAAGAACAUACUGGGAUAAAAUGAAAUCUCUACUUCCUAAAUAAAAACUAGUAAAAUGUU